UAUGGACAAUCUGCAGUCAUGUGGUGAUGAUCGGAAAAGCUUAUGGGGGUUAUGCCUAUGGGGAACUGGAUUUAGGUAUAUUAGAAGCACAGGGGUGAUGUGUUUAUUAUUCUGAUUAUUAUUCUCAUUUGUUAUUUUUCUGACCAGGCUUUAGGUCCAGAGUUUAUCCGAAUGGCUGACGAACAGCAAAUAGUGCUCGAGCUUCCGGGAUCUAUUGUGUCGAGAAAGGGCCGCCUGUGUUCGUCCCAAAGGGAAGUGACUGUGGUGCUGCCGAGCGGCCAGUACGUGGUGGUCCGUUGCGAUACCAAGUCCCGCGCGAGGGAUGUGUUUGACAUGGUGGUGGCUCAUGCUAACCUAGUGGAGCACUUCUACUUCGGUCUUGCCUUUCUCGACGAUGAUGAAUAUUUUUUUCUGGACCACGAAACAAAAAUCUCCAAAGUUGCUCCCGAUAGUUGGAAAAAAGGGCAAAUACUUUCCUUUUUGGUGUUCCUUCGAGUCAAAUUUUUUGUGGACGAUAUCGCCUUUGUUUUGCAUAGACUGACUCGCCACCAGUACUACUUGCAGAUGCGAAAGGACAUCUUAGAGGACCGCAUGUACUGCAACGAGGAGACCGGCUUGUUUCUGGCUGCCCUUGCUCUGCAGGCUGAAUUUGGCGAUUACAUGCCAGAGUUGUAUGGAAAGACUUACUACCAGCCGGAGCACUAUGUGUCCAAGAGAAUGCUUGAGAAGCUGGCAUUGCCCAAUGUGAAGGACGAGCUGCCAAGACUGCAUGGCAGGCAUGCCCCGAUGGGACCUGAAGAGGCGGAAACUGAGUAUCUGAAAAUUGCCCAGCAACUACCAGAGUACGGGGUUAUGUUCCACCGCGUGGGCAGAGAAAAAAGGCCUUUGAUUGGUGAAUUGGUUUUGGGAGUCUGUGCCAAAGGAAUCAUUGUCUACGAGAUGAAGAAUCAGGUCCGGACCGUCACCAGACGCUUCCUGUGGAGGGAAACAGACUCCAUUUCCACUGGGCGCCGUAAACUGAUCAUCGAAUGUGGCGGACCAAGCGGGAAAAAGCACAAUUUUAUAACGGACAGCUCAAAAAUAGCACAAUACCUCCUCAACCUUUGCUCCGCGCAGCACAAGUUCCACAGCGAGAUGACAUCACGGCAACUUAACCACAGUUUGAUGCCAGAUGAAAACAUGUCCGUCUACGCGGGUUGUAAUCUGAACCUGAAGCGGAUCUCGUGCUCUGAGGGCAUGCUGAACCACGUCGGUUUAACCUCGGGUCAACCGGAUCCGCUGUCCAAAUCUUGCGAGGACCUGAGCGCCAAGCUGGAGGCUCGACUCCGCCACCAGAGAGAGAUGAGGCGGGAAAUGAGCAGGGAGCUGAACAAGGAACAUUCCGAAAUGGCAGAACUCGGCGAUUUGAAAGAGCGUGCCUACUGGAGUACGCCAGAGUCGAUACCAAGAAUGAUGUCAAGUGUCUCGCUGCAGAAAGACUCGGAUACAUCUUCUUCUAUACGAGUUGACACGCCCACUCGGUUUCCGCCAGAGAGAGAAAUAAUAUGCGUAAGCCUCAAGAAGGAUCCUAAACUUGGCUUUGGCUUUGUGAUUGUAGGCGAGGACAAUACAGGUAAACUUGACCUCGGUAUAUUCAUUGCUUCCAUUGUGCCAGAUGGACCUGCGGACAAAGAUGGACGGAUCAAACCAGGUGGGCGUCUCAUUUCUCUAAAUAAGACCAGUUUGGAAGGGGUAACAUUCAGUGAUGCUGCUGCCAUCUUACAGAGUAGUCCUGAGGAAGUGGAGCUGAUUGUGUCCCAGCCUAAACAGUGCCUGAAAGACAGCAAGAACUCUCUUUGCCAAAGCACACUGGGCUUGGCAUUGGAAAGGAGCUUUGGUUCUCAGACAACCCUAAGCGGCACAGAGUACCGACACGCCAUGGAUGAACUGGAGGAGGCCAUCACUUUGUCCAACAUGGCCACGCCCAAACAAAACAGGAAGCUUCACAUACCUGUGGUGCGAAUACACGACGCACAGGACAUGUGUUCUCGGUCUCCAUCUACCUUAAGUCUAAAAACUGGGGGGACGUUUUUAGUGGAGCUGAAGAAGAGCGGCGGGAGUCUCGGCAUUAGUGUUGCUGGCGGAAUUAACACAAGUGUGAGAUAUGGCGGAAUUUACAUCAAAAGUCUGGUCGUUGGAGGUGCUGCUGAACAAGAUGGACGCAUUCAAAUUGGUGACAGACUGCUGGAGGUUGACGGCUCCAACCUGAGGGCCGUGACACACCAGCAAGCUGUUGAGUGCCUGAAGCGGACUGAGGAGGUGGUGAACCUGCUGCUGGAGCGAGAACCAACAAUCAUCUUGGAGCCCAGAACAGACUCCCCCCUCCCACUGUCCAUCCACAAUGCAUCACCAACUCAGCCCCCCAGGACUGAGGUCUCCUUGGAACCAACCUUGAGUGGCCGAGCUAAGGACUACAGCUUUGUGACUGACGAAAACACGCAUGAAGUGAUCCUGAAAAAAAGUUUGUCAGGUCUAGGCUUCAGUUUUAACAUUUCCCAACUCAACUCGGGGCAAGACCAUGGCAGCGUGGUCCGCAUCAAGCGUCUGUUCCCGGGUCAGCCGGCCCACGAGAGUGGCCUCUUACAAGAAGGGGACAUCAUUCUGUCCGUCAACAAAGAGCCUCUCAAGAACCUUUCCUACCAAAGAGUUUUGUUCCUGCUGCGAGGUGCCCCUUCUGAGGUUCAUCUCUUGAUUUGUCGACCCGGUUCAGGAGUGCUGCAUGAUGCUGAUGACAACACACUUAGUCCUGCACCCUCCAGGGAGAUCCGAUCCCGGUCUCUGGACAUCCGUCUAGUAGACGACUACAGCCAGCUUCUUAAGUUCCAAUUUGAUGUCAACAUACCUGCUCAGAGUACAGCUCCCGUCUUCGAGGAGGAACUGACUGACACAGCGGAGAAAAGCCCAGAGCCUCCGGCUUUUCCGAGUUUCUUUGAAGGACAAGAGAGGGAGGUGCAAGGCCAACAGACUCCUCAAUCUUCAUCUCCCGGACCGGCCUCUCCCACGUCGCCUCCAGCGCCAAUCUCGCCAACCUCGCCCGCUUCUCCCACAUCACCUGUCUUACCUCCGGUCUGCUUUCGACCAGCUCAAGAGUCACAGCUGACGGUGGAAAAAUCAGAAGAACAACAGGAAGUAGAAUCGAAGAAUAGAAGCGAGGAUGGGGAGGAGGCCGUUGCAACAAGUUCAACCGCGAUGUUUGACGUCUUCCCUAAGACUGCUUCAAAUUCCAUGUAUGCCAGUGGUGUUCGAGAGGAGGCAGAUGGAAGUGUGACCUACUGCCUUGUUGGAAAUGGAUUGACUAUCUUGGCAGACGAGGAGUAUUUGACCAUCAGUUCCACCCUGGACCAUCAGCAAAGUUUUCAGUCCAAUCAGGCCACUCAAACACCGCUACCAAACCUCACAAGCCUCAGCUCGCAAACCCAGACCACUUCGUCCAGUUUUUCUCAAAUGUCCAACACUCUGUCUGGUCUAUCACAGACCUCGAACACUCCAUCAAGUUUCCCCCAGACUUCCAUCACUCCAGCUCAUGUCUCUCAGACUUCCCCAAAUCCAAAAAAUGUUUCCCAAACCUCCAAUACAUUGUCUAGCUUCAGCUCACAGAACCCAAACGCUAGCAUGUCGCCUUUAAACGUCUCAUCUGACACCCUGACCACUUGUGCCCUGGCACACCCGUCUCAGCCGCUCACGACACAGCCGUCCAAAUCCAAGCAGUACCCGCUCCAGCAAGGACAGCAGCUUCCACUUCAAUCCGCAUCGCCCCCUCAAAACAGUCAGCCUACUGCGGGGCUCCCUCAAAAUCCUGCUCCGACGGCGGGCCCCAUCACGACACAGAUAAUCUCCUCAACACCUCCUAAUGUCAGCGCGACUCCUCCCACCCUUCCACCCACAAUACUACCUCCACCUGCCCAGAGUCAUGCACAGUGGGAUGAAGAGGCGGAAAAGGAAGAAAGGGAAUGCAAGGAUGAGGAUGAUGAGGAUGAAGAAGAGAGUCAAAGAAAGGGAUCGGUAAAAGAAUUUGAGUUGACCGUCCUUUUGACCAAGUCCAGGAGCGGAAGCUUUGGCUUCACCAUCACCCGAAGCAAACUGGACAACUGCUACUACAUACAAGAAAUACUGGACAAUCCAGCGAAGGCAGACGGACGCCUCCGAGCUGGAGACCGUCUGAUCACGGUAAAUGGACAUGAUGUGACCAAUGUGGCGGAUGAAAUUGCCAUGACGAUUCUCAGGUCCUCUCCCAGGAGACUCAGUAUGACCCUAGGCAGGGCUGUUACCAACCUGGUGGCACCCCCUUCUUGUGACAGCCUGCCAGAUAUUGUCCUCUACAAGACACCUUCAGGACAGCUCGGCAUUAAACUGACAGGUGGCAUUGGAAGCAAAUGGCAGGGCAUUUACUGUCUGGAGGUGGUGCCAGGCACCCCGGCCAGCGAAGAAGGCAGUGUGCAACCCAAUGACAAGAUUCUCUACAUCUGCGGGAAGUGCACUCUAGGGAUGACCUUGGAUGAUGCUGUCAAAGCCUGCGAGAUCGCCCCGCGUAAAGUCAAACUCAAAAUCCUGAGAGAUGAACAGCCCGUGACGCCCAAGGCCAAAUGGAACGGUCUGUUUGAUUGGAAAAAGGACAAGAAGUUCUUUGCUCGUUUUGAAGAGCCUAUCUCUCCUGAAAAAGAAUCACCUCAGGAAGAUGUUGAAGUUGUCGGUCGAACGCUUGGCAACUUCAGAUGUCUGUCUGGAGCUGAACAGCAGGAUAGUUGCAUUAUGCAAGUUGAGUUUACCAAACCAGAAGGAGGCGGCCUUGGCUUUGCGUUGUUUGGUGGGACCAACGGUAGCGUGCUCAGGGUGAAAGAAAUCUGUUCUGGUGGAGUAGCUGAGCAGGAUGGCAGGUUGAGAGUGGGAGAUAUUCUUCUAGAGGUGAACGGUGUGAUUGUGUCGGGACUUAGCCACAGUAAGGUGGUGGAUAUUCUGCGUAAAGCUGAGGGCACAGUGCAGCUCACCAUCUGCAGGGACAUCCUGCCACUGACGUAUUCCGAAUCACCUACACCACCCAACAUGGCCUCGGGUGCUGAGGCUGUCCUAGCUGAGGUGCCAGCUCCAGUUACCACCUCGGAUGCCUCUUCCUCACCUGACGUCAUGAUUAAUAAGCCAGUGGAGCGCCCCCCUGGUAGGGAUCUAGACAAGCCGAUUGCAGAGUGUGUGUUUAAUGAAUCUGGUGUUUUAGUCACAACGCCGCCUCCUCCUCCACGACGACUGACUGUGGUAAUGGAUGAAACGCCGAUUGUUCAGGAGAGCUGUGACAGCACGCCUUCUCAUCAAGCUUGCUGCCCGUCACUGAAUGUCACCGAAAUGUUGCACGGAGCUUCUGACAGGAAACACACUGUGAGCAAACUGUUGGACCGGUCGUGCAAAGGCAGCCGGAAACCAGAGUCAGACGGCUGGAGCAGCGAAGAGGAAGAAGACAAUGUGUUUGACGCCAAUACUCACCAAACCAGCUCACCGCAGAUAGGCCCAGUCAUCAUAUCAGAGGAGGAACUGUCCAGUUUAUCCAUCAUUAACCCAUCUCGGAGCAGCCAGUAUUCAGGCUCCAGGGUCAAAGCCAUCAUCCAGAUUCUACAGCAUCAAUUAGACCAGCAGGAACUGGUCAAAGAAUUUAUGGCUCUGGAGCACCUAAAGCCUUCUGACGACUGCGUGGUGGGAAAAGCCCCUGAGCACAGAGACAAGAACCGCUACAGAGACAUUUUGCCCUAUGACAAAACCCGCGUCAGCCUCGGGGAAAAGCGCGACUACAUCAACGCCAGCCACAUCCGCAUGCGAGUGGGAGGUGAGGAGCUCGCCUACAUUUCCUGCCAAGGACCGCUACCCUCUACGGUGGCCGCGUUCUGGCAAAUGAUCUGGGAAAACAAAUCGGAUGUGAUUGCCAUGAUGACUCAAGAAGUAGAACGUGGAAGGGUGAAAUGUCACAAGUAUUGGCCCGAGAAGCCCAACAAGCCACUGGACACGGGCAAGUUUGACAUCUGCCUGGUGAACCAGCAGCACUUGGAAUAUUUCCACAUUAAGGUCAUCCGCAUGAUGGAAACACAGACAGCCGAGACCCACAUUGUCCAUCAUCUGAAGUUCACGCACUGGCCCGAUCACGGCGUACCGCACAACUCGGAGCAACUGCUUCGCUUCAUUAGCUACCUGCGCUCAGUGCACCAGCAGGGGCCCGUCACGGUCCACUGCAGCGCCGGCAUCGGACGCUCGGGUGUCCUCAUCUGCACCGAUAUCAUCCUCAGCCUGAUCGAGAGGGAUUUGCCUAUUAACGUAAGCAACAUCGUGAAGGAGAUGAGACUUCAGCGGCACGGGAUGAUUCAGACUAAGGAACAGUACCUCUUCUGCUACAAAGUCUGGUUGGAGGUUUUACAAGGCAUUUUACAGCUCCAUGGCACACGCUGGCAACCGGAAAGUCCCCAAGACCACAAAAUAGUUUGAAUGUUUGCGUUUGUGCGACCACUUGCACCGGCGGCACCUUCUUCUUGAACUCUUGUCUCUUUUCAUACUGUGUGCUGUCUAGUUGUAUGCAGGGAGAAAAUACACGUUUGUUUCGCCUAGAUCUGCGAAGGGAAUCUUGACCUACUUCGGGCUUAGUGAUUCGCCUUAUGCCUCCAUGAUUGCGUUCAAUUGUGGCAUUUCAUUUGCAAAUCGUGGUAGCCCAACAGUAUUUUGUCCGGUAGGAACGCCGUUAAGGUUACAUAAAAUCAUCUUACCAAAGUUUAUUAUCGGAUAACUUGAUGAAUGUGAGUUUUUAUUUCAUUAAGUGCAUUUGUACCCUGGCGAGAGAGUGAGAAAAAGGGCAACACUAUUCAUUCUGUAAAUCACCUACGGCAAUGAAAAGAAUCAAGUGCCUUGGAAUCGACCCCGAGCUGCUAUAGUCACAAGUAAACGGGCCGAGGGAGCGACGACACCGCUUGAGAGCACUCACGCGACCUUCGACUGAAUGUGCACUGUGUUUUGUUGUUGAAUGUGAAUGUUUGCUUGCUCCAAAUCACAGGCAAGACAAUAACAUAUGACCUUAAGUUAAAGGGAGUCACAAUAUGAAGAUGCUACACUUUCCCCAUUUUGUAUGAAAACCACAAAAUUGUACUUUGAAACCCCUGGCGGAUCGCAACAUAAUGCAUUUGAAUACAUUUAUAAAUGUUCAAUUCACUCUUUUUGCUAAAGGCUAAAAUUCUCGCAAAUGUGAUAUUUAGGCUUUUUGGUUGAAUUUGUGAUAAUAGGCUCGAUCUGUAUUCACUGGCUAUUUUAAUACAAAAGUCAGCCAUCGUGCGUAAUGAAUGAAUGAGGUUUACACAAUGUACAGUGCAAGAAAAUCGCUUUUGGAUGCUUGUAGCUGCUAGAACACACGCAUACUGUAUACAUCCAUGCACACAAACAGGCCUGUCAAUGGCUGGCGUUUCGCCGGCUUUUCCAUGUUGAUGUUCUGUAUAAACGGAACUGGUAAGGAAUGAGAGGUGGUUACAAAGUCGACCCGGCAAUUUUCUCGUACCAGGGCGUCCCCUUUUACACCACGCGGGGAAAAAAAUGGCAGUAACACAGACGAGGAGGCACAUCUAAGCUAGUCUGAGCUGUUUGCUGUUCCGUUGCAAACUAGGGUUGUACAAAGUCCGGUACGGUGGCCUGCUGCACAUUUUAAACGCGG